AUGAACACCAAGCAAGCCAAGCGCGAAGAAAAGAUCCUCGCCAAGGAAGCCAAGGCUGACGACAAGCAGCUCAAGUCUGCCAAAAUCUAG